UCUCAUUCCUUGGCUGUGAUUUUGAGAGAAAGAAGAGAGAGAAAAAAAAAAGAGAGAGAGAGAGGUUUCUUCUUCCCAUCUAAAAGCCAACCCAUCAAAAUUACGCCCGUAGUUUUUAAAUAGAGAAGAACAUUAUUACAGUAUCUAUAUAUAUAUAUAUAUAUACAGAAACAGAAGGUAUCUACAACACUUGUAGAUUAGAAAGAGAGAUUUAUUUUUCUGGAUUGAUUUUUGAUUUUUUUUUCCCCAUUAAACCGAAGUUGUCUUCUGUUUCUUAAACUGAAAUGUUUGAUUUGACAUUUUGUGCUCUCAGUUGAUUUUUUUUUUUUCAGGUUUUGAUUGGAUCUCCCGUGGAAUCGGAUCAUAUAUACUAGUAGAAGGUCUCAGCACUUGAAGCUUGAGGGAUUGAUAGCAUUCAAUCUGAGCUGGAGAGAACCACUAGUUGGGUCUUGCCGGGAAGUUGCUAAUUUUGGUCAAUUAAAGCUAAUAAUAACAAUAUAAGGCAGGCUAUAAUCAAAUCUUAAAAGACCAACCUUUGGGCGGCGGUUAUUCUACCCAAGUUGACCCAAGUAUCAGGGCUCUGAGGUGUAUAACUUGGCUAAGUUAUAAGGGAUAUAGAGCUUGUGGACUUUUGAAAUUGAUUUCUUGGAGGUGGCUUAUUGUGGGUCAGAAAGUGUAAUUCCGUGCUGGAAUGGUGUACAGGGUCAUAGAUUCUGAUCUGGUCAAGUGCUGGCGUAAGUUGGAGUGUGGUGAAAGUACGGACAAGUGCCAUGUCUCGCUGCUUCCCAUUUCCUCCACCUGGAUAUGACAAGAAGAUUACAGAAACUGACCCUCUCUUAAAGGAGAAGUAUAAGGAAAAAAAUCACAAGAAGGAUAAGGACAAAGAAAAAAGAGAGGUUAAAGAUAGAAGCAAAGACAAAGAUAAGGAAAGAAAGAAGAAAAGAGAGAAACAUAAAGAUCGUAAAGACAAGGAGAAGGAUAAAGAAAAAUGCAAACCUUCGGAGGAGAAGAAAACUGAAGUGCUGCCAAACACAGGGAACAGAGAGAAACUUGUAACAAAUACCGUGCAGAAUAAUAGUAAUGGAGAGUCAAAGUAUGUACAGGAACUGGGAAGAAGGAUCAGAUAUGACGAAGAAGCCACAGGAAGUCAGAAUGCACAAAGGAUUACUAACCAAAAAGGAACACCAGGAAAAGCAUUUUUGAGCAGCAGUUUCUGCCCAGUUCAAGAAACAAACUAUGGCGAAAAUGACGAUCAGAGCAUCAGUACUCAGAAGAACUUUGCAGUGGGUAAACCAAUGGAGAACAGAGACAAGGCGAGGCAUACGAAAUCACCUGAGACGAGUCACCUCAAGGAAAGUGCGGCCAUGAGUGAUAAACCAAGGGAUGAAGCAGGUUUAAAGAAGAAAACAGAGUCAAUAAAUAAAAGUCAUCAGGAUAAGUCAAAACUGAUAGAAGGGCCCAAAUUAAAGGAGAGGGGAAAGGACUCUCUGGAUAUAAGGAAUGGCAGACCGCCUGACCUUUCUCAGGCGAGCGUCAAGAACCUUAUUGCCGAGGGAAGUCUUGGCAAGCGGAUGGAUCUUGACACAAAUGGACUCUUGUAUGAGAAUGGAACCAAACCAAAUAAGUUACAGAGACACUCAGCAUCUGUGUCAUCUGUGGAAAAUGGAAGAACGUUAGGUUCACACCGAAGUCCUGCUUCUGAGGUGCAAGGAACGGCCUGCAAGCCAGAAGUCAAGGAAGCUAAGGUUAACGGCUUUGUUGUCUCUGGAGAAAAAGAAAAAGUCUGCUCACAGAGUCAUGUGGCUGCAGCAAUGAAAGCCAAAGUCAAAGAAAAUGGUGAAGCAUCCGCAAAGCCGCCUCAUCCGGACCUAAAGCUUCUGGAUCAGAUACUGAGUGUACCGAAAAGAGAGCUGUUUCUGGAGGUUGAUAAUGACGAAGAAUGGCUAUAUGGUCAGUUGGGUGUCAAGUUAAAAAAGGCAAGAAAAUAUUCUCCUGAUUCUGGUGAAUCCUUGCAGGUCUGGAACCAAGCUUUCAGAAUAGAAUCUGCCGACAUUUUAGCUCUUCCGUAUGUUGUUCCAUUUUAGCUGUGACUUGUAUUUUCUGAUGUUCCCACGCCACAAACCAUGAGAAGAAACUUCCCACUUUACAGCAGUUUUUGCUCUAUUAGCAGCAUCGAUGAUGGGCACAUAAAGGAGGCGGACACAGCACUUAAUGGCUCCCAAAGUAUAUAACGUUCCUUACACGGCUAUAGUACUCACACCGAUAAAGCUCUGCCUGAGUGGGAAAAUGAAUUGAGGAAGAUGUAAGUAUGGUUAUGCACUGUAUCGCAGAGGGUUCCGUGUGUGUGUUGCUACGGAUAUGUGAAUGGUGUCAUGCUAAUGUAAACCCUAACUUCUUAUUAGCUGCAUACCCAAUGUGGUGUGCAGUAAAUGAUGUGUUCUUUUUCUCCUCUAAAUCAACUUAGCCGAGAGUGCGAGACCACCACUUCCACUUUAAGAUGGAAAUCAUGUAAUCAAUUAUUAGAUUACAUGUUCCUCACUGAACAUGGCUUCAUGUGUUAUAUUUUCUCAA